UAAAUACAAUAAUUAGUUUAUUAAUAAUAAAUGGAUUAAACAGAAAACAAUGGUUAUUUAACAUGAACUAAUCGUAACAACGUAUUAUAAUUAAUUAACAACUCUCGUCAACGUAGAUUCAACUCUCUCUCAAUAACGCUAACAACACUAUCUCAACAACGCAAUCCGCACUCUCAUUUAAGCCCCAUCAUGCACAUGCUCAGCAACCGUUUGUUUGUAAUUCGCGCGACUCCCCUCCAGGCCCCUCGUUCACGAUACUACAAUACAGUGCCCGCGCAACGCGAGGGUCAGUAGGCUUUCCAUAACAAAGCCAGGCUCACCUUGGGUAACACAAAUAGGACCAUAUAUUGUCUUUUUUCGUUAGAUCAUAGACGGCUAUGAAAACAGAGCAUUUUCGGAUCUUUUCUCAUCGUCGAACGUAUACUCGACACGCUUAAAGUACAAAACAUUUCUUGUCACAUGCCGGCAGAUAGCAGAAAAGCAUAUCACAUUUGUCACGAUGGUCGCGAAGGUCAUCAAGGUGCAUCUUUCCUCUGUACUAAUGGAACUCUUUUCAAUCAACGGGAGUUUGCUUGUGAUUGGUGGUAUAACGUGAAUUGUGCUGAUGCGCCAGCUUUGUAUAGAUUAAAUUUAGACCCUUUGAAGAACCCUUAUAUACCGGAAGAAAGAAAGGAGAUAAUUCGGAAGCAGAAUAUGAGAAUCGUUGUGUAUUAAAAUUUCUAAUCUAUAUUCUAAAUAUAAUUUAAAGCGUGCCAGUUGUACAAAGAAUUACUAAAUCUCUGCUGCAUGAUUUACAGCUUUCAGUAGAAAAAUGUUUCUCAUAAAUGUAAUUAGUAUGGCUA